CGGCUCUCGCCUAAUCAUCCAGCUGCUGCAUCCACCCGGCGAACACCACCGCAGCGUAUCCUAACGGGAAUUCAAUCCGGGAAAUUACAGCGUGCAGAAAGACUCGACUCGAGCCACCAUGACCGCACCAAACGGCGGUGCCGCGGUGCCGACGGACGAGCAAGUCAAAAGCUUCUUCGCGCCGGACCUCCUCUCCGAAAGCACGGUCGCUUCUCACGCAUCCCAGUACGCUGCAUCGGGGCCAUAUAAGCACGGCGUCAUCCCCGCCUUGCUCUCCGACUCUCUGCUGCGCGAGGCACGCAAGGAGAUUGUCGAGGAGCUGCGCUUCGCAGAGAAGGAGACGGACAUCUACAAGGUACACCAGACGGGUGAUCUCGCCAACUUGGACGGCCUGCCGGACGAGGAGCGGGAUCGGCUCAAGCAUGUCCUGAAUGUUCGCAACGCCAUCUAUAGUAAGCAGUUUCGCGAUUGGCUGCAAAAAGUAACAGGGUGCGGCCCGCUCAGCGCAAAGAAGAAGGACAUGAGCAUCAAUGACUACAGAGACGGAUGCCAUCUUUUGAACCACGACGACGUGAUUUCCACGCGUCAACUCUCUUACAUCCUCUAUCUCCCCGACCCAUCAGUGCCCUGGCGGUCCGAGAACGGCGGCGCCCUGGAGCUAUACCCCGUGCUCUCUCCGCACCUGCCGGACUCGGUGCCAACCAAGUCUAUUCCACCUGCUUGGAACCAAUACACAUUCUUCACCGUUCAGCCGGGGCACUCGUUCCACUCGGUCGAGGAGGUGGUCCAUCCAACUGCCAGCAGACUCUCUAUCAGCGGCUGGUUUCACCGUCCGCAAGAGGGGGAAGAGGGCUACGAUGCUGCACAGGAGGAGAAGCAGGAGCGGAUGCGCAAAGAGCACUCCAGUGUUGAGUCACUGCUGAGCAAGCAGGCUGCCAGGCCCUUCAUCCCAUACUCAGGCCAAGGCGAAGACGCCAGCGAGGGAAAUGAUGACAUGAUCGUACCCGGCAGCCCGCUGUCACAGCAGGACAAGGCGUUCCUCUCCUACUUCCUCAACCCGGCCUACCUACAGCACAAGGUGCAAUCACAGCUAUUCGAGCAGUUUGGCGAUGACAGCCACAUCUUGCUCGCCGAUUUUCUUAAACGCGAAUUUAAAGACUUGCUGCAAAAAGGCCUCGUUGAGCUCGACAGGAGGGAUGGUUUCCGAUGGUGGGAGGCGCCAUCGGAAGAAGACAAGGACAUUCGGGAACAGUGCAAGCUCCGGCCUCACGGCAUUGGCACGGGCAAAGUGGGUGGCGAAACAGGCGAAGAUUGGAAGAUCCAAGGGCCACCGCAUCGACAUCGCUUCCUCUCUCUCUGCCCUUCGACCCCAGCUUCACCAUCCGCCUCGAGCCUUCUUCCCCCCCGCAACCCGGCACUGCCAGUCACGCCGCCACAAACGGCCGAAGCGUUGCUCUCCCUGCUGCGCAGCACACUCUUCCCAUCGCCCGCCUUCCGCCACUUCCUCGCAAACAUCACGCAGCUGCUCCCGCUCGCUGCGCGCGCGCCGUUCACAGUGCGCCGCUUCCGCCCCGGGCUGGACUACACGCUAGCGCGCGCCGAUGAGGACGAGGCGGUAUUGCACAUCACACUCGGCUUGACGCCCGACGUCGCCGACAGCGUAGAACUCGCUGCUGCGGCGGCGUCCGGCAGCAAAGGCAAAGUGCGAGGGAUGGCUGCCAAGCGCGGCAAGCUCCCGGGGACCGCGCACAGCGCGGUGUCCGCGGCGCCAUUGAGCAAGAAGCAGCUCAAGGAUCUGCGCAUCAGGUGGGAGAGCGGAGAGGCUGGUGGCUGGGAGUGCUUCAUGGCCCCGCACGAAGGAGAGGAGGACCCAGCUGUGUACCGCAGCGGUGGGUCGAAGAAGGCCGAAGCGGAGACCGAGGGCAAGGACGAGGACGGCGCAGAUGCCGAGAUGGCCGACGGAGAUGACGAAGAGGAAGAGAUUGUCGAGAUGGAGGAGGACACGGACAGCGAUUUCGACGGCGUCCUGCUCAACCUGACUCCGCAAUUCAACGCGCUCAACGUGGCACUGCGCGACGAGGGCGUGCUGCACUUUGUCAAGUAUCUCAGCGGCAGCGCCGGCGGGAGCCGCUGGGACGUCGAGGGCGAGUGGUCAGUCGGUGCGCUCGAGGUGGAAGAGGGGGACGGGGAGGUAGCGGAAUAGAAUACGCGCCUGUGACGUGCAGAAGGACGCAACUCGGGCUCACGUCACCCCAAAAUGCCAUGUUGUACACCAGUUAAACGAAUGCAUCUGACGCUGC